UCUGUCACCUGACUCGGCCAACAUGGCUUCUCUGGAAGCUAACUUGCUUUGGGAGUCGGGAGCAGGAGAUACUACACAAUGAGAAAACUGAAAAUGUGUUCCGCAUAACGCAUCUCUUACUAUCCGCCUGCACUCUGUGCUGGGAAAAUGAAUUAUCCAUUUGGAAAAGAGGAAACUGACACGGAGAAGCAGCUUUUUGGAUUUUUCUGUGAGUGCCUCCGGAAGGGAGAAUGGGAGCUGGCACAGGCUUGUGUUCAUCAGCUACACGAGGGACAAGGGGAUAUUCCAAAGAAGGUGGAAGACAUACUUCAGGCGUUGGUGCUAUGUCCAGAUCUGCUGAGAUGUGGACACGACAUCAGCCCUCAAAGAUUAGCCUGGAUCUGGCUUCUUGUGCGAAAAUGGUUAGCCCAGGAAAAGAAGUUACUCCCUGUUGUUUUACGGAGAAAGCUUGAAUUUCUUUUUUUGUCCGAAGACCUUCAAGGUGACAUUCCAGAGGACAUCCUCAAGGAGCUGUAUGAGACCUUAGCACAAAGCCCACUAGAUUGUGCACCUGAUGGAAGUCAGGGGCAGGAGAGCUGGACCCUUUGGCUCAGCUCUGAAGCUGUCUCUGUACUCUGGGAUCUUCUGAGCAAAGCUCCCCAGCAAGCACAGGCCCUGUUGGAACUCCUGCUUGGGAACGAUGGCACCAGCCUCUGUCACAGGCCUCUGCAGAAGACGCUGGUGGACCUCAUUCGAAAGGCUCUACGAGCUCUGCAGGGCCCUGCUUCUGGGCCUCCUGGAAUAGCUGAUGCCAUCUAUGGAGCCCUUCGGACUCUGCGUUGCCAUUCAGAGCCACCUGGGGUUGAGUUGCGUGUCCUGUGUGAGGAACUACUGGAGGCCUGCAGAAUUGAGGGAAGUGCCCUGCAGGAGGAGCGGCUGCUCAGCUGCCUGUUGCGCAAGGCUGGACAUGGCUUGCUAUCCCUGUAUGGCCACACCUAUGCAGAGAAGGUCACAGAAAAGCCACAAAAGGCUGCAACUUCAGGAAAAGUCCUUCCAGAUCAUCCAGAUGCUGAUCGGGCAAUGCUGGCUCUGUUUUCCACUCCUGACCCAGUCCAAGCUUGGAAAAUGGCCUUUUUCUACUGCCUGAGCAAGAGCAAGCACUUUCUUGAGCAGAUCCUGAUUACAGCGUUAACUCUGUUGAAAGAGGAAGACUUCCCAAGCCUUGGCUGUCUCCUUGAUAGAGAAUUCAGGCCUCUCAGUCACCUGCUCGUGCUCCUGGGCUGGACACACUGUCAGAGCCUCGAGUCAGCUAAAAGGUUGCUCCAGACACUCCACAGGACCCAGGACCAGGGCUCUGAUGAGCUCCUCAGGGAUGCCUGUGAUGGAUUAUGGGCUCACCUGGAGGUCCUGGAGUGGUGCAUACAACAGAGCAGCACUCCCAUACCAAAUAGAGAUCUCUUGUGUCAUUUACAUGGUGGAGACAGCCACUCAGUGCUCUAUUCUCUCCAUCACCUUACAAACCUUCCAGCCCUCAGGGAGGAAGAGGUUCUCAAGCUCUUACAGAAGGUACCAGCUAAGGAACUGCAGCAAGAGUAUGAUUCAGCUGAUGUCCCAGUCUCUGAGCACCUCAGCCAGUGCCAGAACCUGACCCUCUACCAGGGCUUCUGUGCCAUGAAGUACGCCAUCUAUGCCCUCUGUGUGAACUCACACCAGCACUCCCAGUGCCGGGACUGCAAAGACAGUCCCUCUGAGGACCUGACCUCAGCUUCAGAGCCAGCAACUGACUCUCUCCCAGCCCAGUCACCUAGUGCUUCACGUCUCUUUUCAACAUACCUAGCCAAGUGUCAACAGUAUCUGUGCAGUAUCCCUGAUUCUUUGUGUCUGGAACUUCUCGAAAACAUCUUUUCAUUGCUCCUCAUCACCUCUGCUGAUCUUCACCCAGAGCCUCAUCUGCCUGAGGAUUAUGUUGAAGAUGAUGACAUUGAGAAGAAAAGCCCCUUGGAUUUGAGGUCCCCUUCAGAGAGCCCACAGCACACAGCACAGCCUGAAAGGAAGUCAGAACAGGGUUCCCUGGGAGCCUUGAGAAGCCUUGCUCAUACAGUGCCAAGCUAUCAGAAGGCAGAGCCAAAAGACAGGUCCCCAGGGCCUCACGGGCAUAGCUUUUUGGAUCUAAAACACUUUACUAAUGGCAUCAGUGGGUUCCUGGCUGAUGAAUUUGCAAUAGGAGCCUUCCUCCGGCUUCUCCAGGAGCAGCUGGAUAAGAUUAGCAGCCACAGCACCUGUGAGAAGGCAAAGCCGCUAGAAGGCCAGAGCUGCUCAGGAAGCAGAGAUGGACUACAGACCCGCCUCCACCACUUUUCCAAGGUUCUCUCUGAGGCCCAGUGGAGAUACAAGGUGGUAACAAGUAACCAGGGUUCAGAGGAUCAACCUUCCCAAAGAUACCGACCCAUUGCUACACGGCACUCUAGUCUCCGCCGGGCUCGUCGGACAAGAAGGAGCCGGGCAGAUGUCCGGAAAAGAGGCUCCAACCCAUCCUUGGAAAGUACAAGUAGUGAACUAAGCACAAGUACUUCAGAGGGGAGUUUGAGCACUGUGUCUCGACGAAACGAGCUAGAUGGCCGGUUGCAGUCCCAACCUCAGAAUUCACUCAUCCCCAUGAUGUUCUCCCCACCUGAGUCACUGCUGGCAUCCUGCAUCCUCCGGGGGAACUUCGCAGAAGCCCAUCAGGUGGUAUUCAUGUUCAACCUGAAGUCCUCACCUAGUGCAGGGGAACUGAUGUUUGUGGAGCGCUACCAAGAGGUAAUCCAGGAGCUAGCCCAAGUAGAGCAUAAGAUUGAAAACCAGAACUCGGAUGGAGGUGCCAAUACCAUUCGGAGAUCCGGCAGUGGCCGCUCAACUCUACAAGCCAUUGGCAGUGCUGCAGCAGCAGGGAUGGUAUUUUAUUCCAUCGCUGAUGUGACCGACAAGCUGCUCAGCAGCUCAAGCUGCUCUGGAGACCCCAUCCCCACACUCCAGGAAGACUUCUGGAUAAGCACUACAUUGAUGGAGCCUGCUGCUCCCUUGAGAGAGGUUCUGGAAGACCUCAGUUCCCCUGCCAUGGCUGCAUUUGAUCUAGCUUGCUCUCAGUGCCAGCUCUGGAAAACCUGCAAGCAGCUCUUGGAAACAGCUGAACGACGUUUGAACAGCAGCCUUGAGAGUCGGGGUCGAAGGUUAGACCAGGAGGCACUCCUCAAUGCUGAUGGCAUUCGAGGUUUUCCAGUUGUUCUUCAGCAAAUUGGUAAAAUUCUCAAUUAUUCACAUACGCCAGCUGGACAAACUAAAUCAGAGGGUAUAGAAGAUAAGGGCGGAGGCCCUCCGCGGUACAAUAUCACUGAACUGCUUCAGAUGUGCUGGCCCAGCCUCACUGAAGACUGUGUGGCCAGCCACACCAAUCUCUCUCAAGAGCUGGAUCAGACCCUUCAGUCACUGAGAGAAGCACUAGCACUACCAGAAUCUAGGAAUACUCCACUCACUUCCCUGGUGGAGCAAUCAGCCCAGAAAGCCACUGAAGCGGAAGCCCACCCAGUACACAUCCAAAUUCAGCUCCUCCAGAAGAAUCUGGGCAAACAGACCCCAACAGGCAGCAAACAGAUUGACUAUGUGGGCACCUUCUUCAGCUAUUGCAAGACCCUGGCUGCAGUUCUCCUUCGGAGUUUAAGCUCUGAGCCUGAUCGUGUGGAGGUCAAGGUAGGAAAUCCCUUUGUUCUCCUACAACAGAGCUCUUCCCAACUGGUGUCACAUCUCCUGCUUGAGAGACAAGUUCCCCCAGACAGGUUGGCAGACCUUCUGGCCCGAGAGGGUCUCAGCCUAAGUGUGCCACAGAUCAUUGUCAACUGCUGCUGUGAGCCCCUUACUCUUUGCCCUUCUCAGCAAACCCAACAGGCAUCAUCCCUUCUGACCCACCUGGGGAUCCUGGCCCAGCAACACACCUCCUACUGCCUGGAUGAUUUCCCUGUCUCUGUGCCAAUCUCCCCUAGGGCAAGGGAGAAUCCUCCAUUAGAGAGAAAGUCCCACCACUCUCCAAAGGACUCAUCAUCCCCGGUUCUCACCUCUUCCGCCUUGGCCUUCCUAAAAUCCUGCUCAAAGUUACUAGCUACAGUGGCCUGUCUAGGAGCUUCCCAAGGAUCAAAGGUCAGCAAGCCCAGCUUGUCGUGGAAAGAGCUUCGUGGUCGCAGGGAGGUGCCUCUAACUGCAGACCAAGUAGCCAGGGAGUGUGAACACCUCCUGGAACAGUUCCCUAUGCUUGAGGCCUCCCUUUUGGCUGCCUGGGAGCCUCUACGUGGGUCCUCCAAGCAGGGAAAGAGUCUGGCAGCCAGUCUCCGUGGUAGGGCCAGUCUCUCUACUGCACUCCUGGGCCUGCAUUCUCCCAUUGCCCUGGAUGUGCUGACUGAGGCCUUUGAGGAAGCCCUGGUGACCAGAGAUUGGCCACGGGCCCUUCAGCUCACUGAAGUGUAUGGGCGAGACAUGGACGAGCUGAGCAGCAUACAGGAUGCAGUCUUGAGCUGUGCUGCAGCAUGUGACAAGGAAGGUUGGCAAUACCUGUUUCCUGUGAAGGAUGCAUAUCUGAGAAGUCGGUUGGCCCUGCAGUUUAUGGACAGGUGGCCCCUGGAGUCGUGCCUAGAGAUCCUGGCCUACUGCAUUUCAGACACAGCUGUCCAAGAAGGACUGAAGUCUGAGCUACAGAAGAAGCUGGCAGAGCUGCGGGUAUAUCAGAAGAUUCUAAACUUGCAGGAUCCCCCGGUGUGGUGUGACUGGCAGGCCCUAAGGAGCUGCUGUGUUGAGGAUCCUUCAACUGUCAUGAACAUGAUUCUGGAAGCACAGGAAUAUGUUCUGUGUGAGGAGUGGGGCUGCCUCUACCCCAUUCCGAGGGAACCUUUAAUCAGCCUACAUCAAAAGCAUCUUCUCCACCUGCUGGAAAGAAGAGAUCAUGAAAAGGCUCUCCAACUCCUACAAAGAAUCUCUGACCCCACCAUGUGCCUUGAGGUCACAGAGAAGUCCCUUGACCAGCACCCUAGCUUGGCCACUUCACACUUCUUGGCCAAUUACCUCACCACACAUUUCUAUGGAGAACUGACCACUGUCCGACACCAUGAAAUCCAGGCACUGUACAUGGGAUCCAAGGUUCUGCUGACCCUGCCUGAGCAGCACCGGGCCAGCUAUUCCCACUUGGCCUCCAAUCCCCUGCUCAUGUUAGAGCAGCUACUGAUGAACAUGAAAGUGGACUGGGCCACUGUGGCUGUACAGACUCUGCACCAGCUGCUGACUGAACAGGACAUUGGCUUCACCAUGGAUGAGAUUGACUCGCUGCUUUCCAGAUAUGCAGGGAAAGCCCUGGACCUCCCAUACCCUCUGAAGGAGAAGCGAUCAGAUUCUGUAAUUCACCUCCAGGAAAUUAUCCAUCAGGCUUCAGACCCUGAUACCCUGUCUAGAUCAUCAUCUGCAGAGCUCUCUACUGCUACUGUUCCUGGCGUCUCCAUUGUACGUUCCCCCAGCCCAGGGGAGAGGAGUUUCCCUCAGAGUCAGCCCCUGGAGUUCAUACCCCCAGCAGCACCCCCUGCCAGGCACCAGUGGGUACCAGAUGAGACUGAGAGCAUGUGCAUGGUCUGCUGCAGGGAACACUUCACUAUGUUUAACAGACGUCAUCAUUGUCGCCGCUGUGGCAGGCUAGUGUGUGGUUCUUGCUCCACUAAGAAAAUGUUGGUAGAAGGCUGCAGAGAGAGCCCUACUCGCGUGUGUGACCAAUGCUAUAGCUAUUGCAACAAAGAUGCACCAGAGGAGAAUCCAGGCCAAUCAGAAGCACCAGACAGCUCUAAGAGUGAAAGCCCUCCAUAUUUGGCUGUGGUGAGAGUUCCCAAAGCAGUUGAGGUGGAAUGGAUUUUGAGUCUGAACGAGGAUGAAAAUGAGCUGGUACGGAGUGAAUUCUACUAUGAGCAGGCCCCCAGUGCCUCCUUGUGCAUUGCCAUCCUUAAUCUGCACCGGGACAGCAUCAUCUGUGGUCACCAGCUGAUCGAGCACUGCUGUAGGCUGUCCAGGGGCCUCACCAACCCAGAGGUAGAUGCCGGGCUGCUCACAGACAUCAUGAAGCAGCUGCUCUUCAGUGCCAAAAUGAUGUUUGUCAAGGCUGGCCAAAGCCAAGACUUGGCUCUUUGUGACAGUUACAUCAGCAAGGUAGACGUACUGAAUAUUUUAGUUGCUGCUGCCUAUCGCCACGUGCCAUCUCUGGAUCAGAUCUUACAGCCAACUGCAGUAACCAGGCUAAGGAACCAGCUGCUGGAAGCUGAAUACUACCAACUGGGUGUUGAGGUUUCCACAAAGACUGGGCUUGAUUCCACUGGGGCAUGGCACGCUUGGGGCAUGGCCUGCCUCAAAGCUGGGAACCUCACUGCUGCACGGGAGAAGUUCAGUCGCUGUCUGAAGCCCCCUUUUGACCUCAAUCAGCUGAGUCAUGGCUCCAGGCUGGUCCAGGAUGUGGUUGAGUACUUGGAGUCCACAGCAAGGCCCCUUGUUUCCUUGCAAGAUGAUGAUUACUUUGCCACCUUGAGAGAACUGGAAGCAACCCUUCGAACCCAGAGCCUUUCCCUAGAAGUGAUUCCUGAAGGGAAGACCAUGAACAACACCUACUACCAAGAAUGCCUCUUUUACCUGCAUAACUAUAGCACUAACCUGGCCAUCAUCAGCUUCUACAUGAGGCACAGCUGCCUGCGUGAAGCCCUGCUGCACCUCCUCAAUAAGGACAGUCCUCCAGAAGUCUUCAUAGAAGGCAUUUUUCAGCCAAGCUAUAAAAGUGGGAAGUUACACACAUUAGAAAACUUGCUGGAAUCCAUCGAUCCAACCUUGGAGAGCUGAACAUACCUGAUUGCUGCCUGCCAGCAUCUACAGAAGAAGAACUACUACCACAUCCUGUACGAGCUGCAGCAAUUUAUGAAGGACCAAGUCCGGGCUGCCAUGACCUGUAUUCGGUUCUUCAGUCACAAAGCAAAGUCAUAUACGGAGCUAGGAGAGAAGCUCUCUUGGCUACUUAAGGCAAAGGACCACCUGAAGAUCUACCUCCAAGAAACAUCCCGCAGUUCUGGAAGGAAGAAAACCACCUUCUUCCGAAAGAAGAUGACUACGGCUGAUGUAUCCAGGCACAUGAAUACACUUCAGCUGCAGAUGGAAGUGACCAGGUUCUUACAUCGGUGUGAAAGUGCUGGGACCUCUCAAAUUACCACUUUGCCUCUGCCAACCCUGUUUGGAAAUAACCACAUGAAAAUGGAGGUUGCCUGUAAGGUCAUGCUAGGAGGGAAGAAUGUAGAAGACGGUUUCGGCAUUGCAUUCCGCGUUCUGCAGGACUUCCAGCUAGAUGCUGCUGCAACCUACUGCAGAGCUGCCCGGCAACUGGUAGAAAAGGAGAAAUACAGUGAGAUCCGACAACUGCUCAAAUGUGUCAGUGAGUCAGGCAUGGCAGCCAAAAGUGACGGGGACACCAUCCUCCUCAACUGCCUAGAAGCCUUCAAGAGAAUCCCACCCCAGGAGCUGGAAGGCCUGAUCCAGGCGAUACACAACGAUGACAACAAGGUUCAGGCCUACCUGACAUGUUGCAAAUUACGUUCUGCCUACCUGAUUGCUGUGAAGCAAGAACACUCACGGGCCACUGCCCUUGUCCAGCAGGUACAGCAGGCUGCCAAGAGCAGCGGGGAUGCAGUAGUGCAAGACAUCUGUGCCCAGUGGCUUCUGACAAGCCACCUUCGUGGUGCCCAUGGCUCAGGCUCCAGGAAGUGACCCUGAACAGCAGGGCCAGGAUUGUACAGCCUGAGAACUAUGGUGACAGGAAUGAUGCCCUACACCUCUUUCCUUCUGUAGAGAAGGACUUCUCUGGCUCUGUCCCAGAUUGGAAAGAGCUGGAUUGGCCCCUACUUGCCUGCUUGGGCAAGAACAGGACCUUUCACACAAGUGCCAUGUUUCUGUAAAAUUGUGGAAUCUGUGUGUGUGUCUGGAGAUAGUCAGUUCUUUCUACCUCAGAGCAAGUGAGUGUGUGUGUGCACAUUUGUGCACUUGUGUGCAUGCUCCUGCACAGUCAUGUUUAUGCCUAAGCAUUUUUGGAACAAAUGAGACUCUUCUCCACUGAAAAGAGGCACUUUACUUUCGACUUCUGCCAAUCUGAAAACCUUCCCCGCAUUUUGGUUCUGAAGC